GUUUUACUUGCCUCUCCUCCGCUCGUCGUGAGAGAGAAGGACGCUCAGGCUGGAAGAGGACGGAGGAGGCUCGGUUUAAACUUUGAGGACAUGAGGCGUUUUUUUACCGACUCACCGAAAACCAAACUUCCCGGGAGCCUGAAGGCAGCGGCGGCCUGAAGAAUGAACUAAACCGAGGAGGAGGAGGAGGAAGAGGAGGAGGAGGAGGAGGAGAGCMGUUCAAYCCUAUUGAUCCCUCAUCGAGGUAUUGACUUCAAAUAAGAUGAGUCGCGUCGAUAACGAUGAGGGUCGCCUGCGCAGUACUGGCGGCGCUGACUGCCUUCAGCCUGGACUUCCUGUCAGCCCACCUGAUCGGGCAGCAAAAAGAUCAAACCCUUGGAAGCGGUGACGCAGGACGGAAGAGGAGGCAGCCGCACAUCAUAUUUAUUCUGAUUGAUGACCAGGGCUUCAACGACAUYGGUUACCAUAACCCCACCAUCAAGACCCCCACUCUGGACAAACUGGCGGCGGAGGGCGUCAUCCUGGAAAAUUACUAUGUCCAGCCCAUCUGUACUCCGUCACGCAGCCAGCUGAUGACCGGCAG